AGUCCAUUUACUAAAUGCAUUGAUUAACCGAAAAUAAUUAAACAAGUGUUCAAACAAAAAUCAUUUGUUCUGUGAAAUCUUUUCAAGUAUAUAACAUUGUAGGAACUAUUGUGAAGAUAUCAGUUGAGUUCCAUACUCACAGUCAAUAGAAGCAAGCAGUUUGAAAACUUGGAAGAAAUAUGCCCAGGAAUUUAUUUACGCUCCUUUUCGGAGCUGCGCUAUUAAUCGCCCUAAUAAUGACGGCUCAAGCUCAGCCACCCACUAGGCGACCAACACCACCUACCAGGCGACCAACGCCCCCCACUAGGCGACCAACUGUUAGACCAACGCCCACUAGAAGACCAACACCAUCUAUAGCUCCAACCAGGAGACCUACACCAACUAGACCAUCCUAUCCAACCAGAAGGACACCACCGACCAGGAGACCUACGCCAACCAGGAGACCGACAACUACAUAGGAAAACAAGUGUCGAACAAGGAAGCAUUACAUUUUUGGAACCGUAAAACUUUUAAAGAAUAUUUUUGGAAAUUUGAUAAAAUUUAAAAUUAUCUAUUUAAAUAAAGUAAAAAAUUAUUCUCUCAAAA